GCCGUCGUCCGGAGGUACGCACAACGCUACGAAUGUUGCGACUACGACUUUAUUGACAUAAAAAUGGAAAUUGUGAUACGGCGUCGAGCGCUCUACUACGUUUUUAACCUGAUUGUACCCUGCAUCCUCAUCUCUGGAAUGGCCCUGCUCGUCUUCACGCUACCUCCAGAUGCCGGAGAAAAAAUAUCACUCGGUGUUACAAUUCUACUCUCGCUGACAAUGUUUCUGCAACUGGUGGCCGAUAAGCUUCCGCAGACGUCCGAAGCUAUCCCGCUGAUUGGUAAGACACCUGCAUGCAGACCUAAGGACUGGUGA